AUGUUUAAGAAAAUCAAUAUUUUUCAUGGCAAAAGCCUGCGACUUUUGGAUUCGACCGUGGUCUUCCCGCUUUCUCGUUUCAACAUCUCUCUAAGCUAUGGACCGCAGACACCAUACAAAAAUAGGAGAUAUGCCACUGCAGCAGAGUUCCCACAUCAGAACUACUCAUGGCCCAGCAAUCCAUCUUUCACCCCUUAUGAUGUCUUGAAUCUACCCCGCAGCGCAACGUACUCGAAAAGAAACUACUAUGACCUCGUUAAGAUCUACCACCCCGACCGACCUAUCAAAGACCAUCCUCUGUUCCAUCAAUUAACCGCUGAAACUCGAUUGCAGCGCUACCGGAUUGUGGUUGACGCACAUGACAUCCUUUCCGAUCCGAUCAAACGAGCCGCCUAUGACCGAAAUGGCACUGGCUGGACCCACACGGUACUAGAUACAACAAUAAAACCCGACUCGCAUGGACCGAAUAUCUACUCAAAUGCCACAUGGGAAGACUGGGAGGACUGGCAUAACCGCCAUCAAGGGCCGCAGCAGCAUGUUGUUGACCAACGCACCUUCUCUCGGCUUGUAAUCCUCUUGGUGUUGUUUGCGGGCGCCCUCCAAGCAUCCUGGAUUGGGCAGAUGAACAAUGGCGUCACUGACCGACUACGUGAGGUCAAUGAGAAGUCAGCGCGCGUCCUACAAGGUCGCAGAGAUAGCACCGUCAAACAGAUGGAUUCAAACGAUGCGCGUGUGCAGGGCUUUCUUAUUCGGAGAGACCCCACAGGUUCGGGUGUGAAGGACCACGAACAACCGGUAUAUGAAAGGGAGUUGAAUCCUCGGCGCGGUUUGAAUGAGUCCUCCCAGGUUGGCAAAGAUAGCCGAGAGCCUGCACAGUCAGUGGACUUGAAGUCGGGACCUUCAGAGCUCCCCUAG